GCCUUCUUGAAACAUUUAGAACGUGCCAGCUUCAGUUCUAAUCAACACAUAGCAGUGAAUACGCAUCUACAUUAGUAUCUGUUUUCUAUUUUAUUUUGUCCUACAACCUUUAAAUUAUCUGUAUAAUGGCAGACACAAAGAAACCCGAGACAAAUGAAAAUGGAGCUUCUGGACUAGAAUCAUUUAGCAAAGUUGCUCAAAUUCCAAUAGUGGAAUGUACGAUAAACAAGGCAUCAGAAAUGUAUUCAAAACUGAAGGGAGCAAGUGAAACAGUGAAUUCUGUCCUAACAACUGCAGAAAAUACGGUUAGAAAUGCAGCACAAUCAGCACAGCCAGUUACAUCAAAAUUAGAAGGACCAAUAAAAAAAGUCGACUCAGUGCUGUGUUCUGGUAUUGACUUUGUUGAAGAAAAAAUCCCUGCAAUAAAACUACCACCUGGAGAGUUGGCCCAGAAAACCAAAGAGGCUCUCAACACAAAUGUGGUAGAACCAGCUAUGAAGGGAAUGAGUGCGAUUGGUGAAUAUGGAAAGCAAACCGUCGCAUCAUUGGCUGGUUAUAGUAAUAAUAAUGGUAAAAGUCCUUCAAGCAAUCCUGAAAGUAAAUAGAAUAAGACAGACCUGUCAAACGUAAUCUUAACAAUUAUUUGGGAAAAUUUUUCCUGUUGUGAUUGGUCUUCUUUUGUGUUUGUUAGAUUAUGUCUAUAAAAUUGUCUUUAUAGCUAAGAAUAUUAUUCUAAUGUAAUUAGAAAUUGAAGAAAAUUGAGUAAUAAUUGUAUUUUUAUUUUUAAGUUAAACUACCAUCGUAAGACUGACUUUCCAUCAUUGUCUUAGAUUGUGGGAUAGUGAAAAGUUGAAUAAAUUUCUAGAAUCCUUGAGCUAGAUAACAACUUUAUUUGUUACAGCUAGUUAUCAUUGAACUGUGAUAAAUAAGACAUACUGAAAUAUACAUAUUGUAUUGAUCAUUGACAAGAUAUUAUAAUAGACUUAUUAAUAUUUAAUUGUUAAAAAAAAAAAUUUUAUUAAUAAAAUUGUUGUAAUUUAUAUGGAUUGGAAGUCAGACACUUGUUGAUACUAGUAAUUAUUUUGAUAAGUAUAAUAAUUAUAAUUAUGUAUUUUCCGGUUCUAUCAUUUAAAAAUAAAUCUUAUUAUAAAAACAAUGUCAAAUUUUGUUAUAUUACAUUUAUUUUUCUAAAUUCAAUUAAUAAUUUUUUUUUUAGAAAUAUAUUUUCUAA